GUCAAAGCUUUUCGGAUGCUGUCGUUUCAAAUUCUUACUCCAAAACAGCGCGAGUUGUACGACAGAGUCAAGAAUGCGAAUGAAUGGCUCAAUUUGAGUUGGUCUCAGAUGGACGACGCUGCAGCGCAGGUUGUUGCUGAAGCACUGAAAUCGAACACGACGCUGACGCAGCUCAACUUGGGGCGGAAUCAGAUUGGCGACACGGGAGCCCAAGCGAUUGCUGAGGCACUCAAAGUGAACAAGGCGGUGACUGUCCUAGGGCUGAAUGAGAAUCGGGUCGGGGAUGCCGGUGCGCAGGCGGUUGCUGAGGCACUCAAGGUGAACUCAACAGCGACUCAGCUCAUCCUCCAUGACAAUCAGAUUGGCGACGAUGGCGCACUGGCCAUUGCUGAGGCACUCAAAGUCAACUCCAGGCUGAUUUGGCUCGAUCUGGAGCGGAAUCAGAUUGGCGAUGCUGGAGCGCAGGCGAUUGCUGAAGCACUCAAAGUGAACAAGACAAUCGCUGAGGUCGAGUUAAGAUACAAUUGCAUUGGCAACGCUGGUGCUAACGCUCUUGAUGAGGCAUGCACAAUCUAUGACACGUGUGAAGUCGACUUCUCCAACCAGGUCAGCCCGCUUGCAUUCUCAUUGUUUCCACGGUCAGCAACGGCUGAAGAGCUUCAAACUGUGUUUCACUUGCUGAUUAGCGGACUAGAGCAGCAGCAUCAAUCCUCGUCGCUAUCAGCGCUACCAGUACUACCAGCACUACCAGAAGAGCUUGCUGAGCGAAUUAUGGACGAAGCGUUUUACUGGCAAGGCGUGCAGCACAUCAAACGCUUGCAGUUUGCGAGCAGUCACCCCGCCGAUACGCUCAAAGUCACAGUGCCUCGGAGCAUCGAUGGCACUUCGAUCCGUGUGAAAGCGAUUCAAGUACUUCGUGACAGAAAGGAACUUAGCGACGUCACAAAUAACAGCGUUUUUGAUUUGAUCGUUCGCGAUGGGCAAGGAGCGGUUCAAUACGAAUGCGCUGCGAAACCGACACUCGUCGAUUCGACGCUCCAAUCCGUGACGAUCUGGCCAGCGGAUCAUCCCAUCAUUCGACAAAUACGGGAGGGCUGGGAAGUUCAAGUUCGGCCCAGCAAGUUUGCGCGAGAUGUGCGGUUUGAGUCGCUGUAUGUCGGAUAUGUCUGACGGCAAAUCAUUGGAAAUCCCUCUUGUUUCGAAUCAGAUCCUGCUCCACCCGAAUAUAGAGAAUAGGUACAAG